AUGACUUUAUCUCGCCGACAUGGUCACGGCCCUCCUAUAAAAUCACCAUACCAGACACUGCUAAAUCAACAACACUCAUCACACCCAACCAUCAGCUUUCAAUCCAGCUACCAGUUCCCGUCUCAGCAUCAGCACACGGAUUUCUCCUCGGGCCAACCUCCGGAUCCAUCAACAAUGGCGAACUCUGUCUCCGGGGUGGCGGUGAAUGAGGAGUGCGUGAAGGUGUUCCAGGAGCUGCGGGCGGAGCGCAAGCACCGGUUCGUGGUGUACAAGAUGGACGACGACGCGCAGCAGGUGGUGGUGGACAAGGUGGGCGCCCUCGACGCCACCUUCGACGACCUGGCGGCGGCGAUGCCCGCCGACGACUGCCGCUACGCGGUGUACGACCUGGACUUCGUGUCCGAGGACUCGGCGGGGGACACGCCGCGGAGCAAGAUCUUCUUCAUCCACUGGUCGCCGGAGUCUGCGGACGCGAGGAACAAGAUGCUGUAUGCCAGCUCCACGGAGGGGCUCAAGAAGGAGCUGGACGGCGUGCAGAUCGACGUGCAGGCCACCGACGCCAGCGAGCUCACCCUCAACAUCCUCAAGGACUACACCACCUAA